AUGGCCGCCAGCGGGACAAAAACAAUUGGCUCUGCCGCCUGGAUUGCGGCAGAGAAGGAGAAUGUUAUGCGUUUACUGGAGCAGGAAAUGGAAGAAGUCGAGUUUCCAGUUCGUCACGAGAUGGACUGGCUGAAUGAGCAUAUGGCUGAGAUCUUCUCGAGCAAUCAAUUUAAUAUGACCGAGUUAUUCAAGACACCUGGAAAAUUACGUGGCAAAACUCCGUAUACUGCCCGCAAGCGCAAUCCAGAUGAAGCGCGAGUGCCACUCAGCAAUAUUUUCUCGACCGCGAACCAAAACCUCAAAUUGCCCUCUAAAUUUGUAAAAUCGCCCUCAAAGCCAGAGGCUCCGCGAGUGGAAGCUGCCCUAGCAGCUGAAUUAGUACCACCGGGCGAGCCUGUUCACGAUAAACCCCAGGAAAAGAAACCUGAGGAUCCAAGCGAAACAGCUGAGGACCCAUUCGGCACUGCUUCUGAAAAAUCAAUCUCUUAUCCAGAGCCGAUUUCCUAUCCGGAACUCACCACCACCGAUGUUAAAGGAAAACAGCCUGUCAGAGACCUACCGCCAAAUAAAGCUCUUAAUUCAUUUUCGACAUACAAUACUGACUCGGGCUAUCAUGGCUUGGGCGACGAUGACGAUGAGCUUGUACUACCCAGUACUCAGCCGUUGUCCGAUACCCACUUACAAGCUGCACCAUCGAUGCCGCCCCUCGACGCUGAUAUGAACACCAGAAAAAGUCUAUCCGUGGAUAGACGUACAACUGAGGGUUCUUUUGUCUCCGCUCAAGAAAAUAUUGUUUCCCGUGGUGAGCCCAUGGAUACGGAAGAGGAUAGACAGGACAAAGCUGAUGAAGAUACACCACGUCCACUCGUCAAAUCCGUUCGUAUGGCAUCAGCCUCUCCGGAGAAACCCAAUGAGCACCAGGCAGUAGCUCCAGUUAAAGAUGACAUUCUUGACAAAGAUGGCGACAUGUUGAUCGAAGACAAUUUCGACGACAUCGGUUCUCCCUCUGAUGGAUCAACACCAGCUCAACCUCCACCGAGAAAAAAGAGUAAGAGCAGCUUGAGCUUUGCAUCACUACCUCCGCGCGAUCCAGUAGUGGGAAAGAAAAGUAUGGGUGCACGACUUUCUCGUACAAGCCAUGUUGAGACUAUCAAGCCCGCGGCUCUGGGACGCCAGAGCUAUUUCACCGGCCAUAUGGAAGGACCGAAACCAGCCCUUAACAACGCGUCUACGGGCAAGGACGAUUUGUAUCAGGAUAAUGCUAAAGGAAAACAGUUGCAGCAGAGCGAGACUGAGCAAGCAUACGAUACAUCUAUGCUACAUACGAAGUUGAAUACCCAGCGUCUUCAUGAUAAGAUCAGCAUGCUCGGUAAAACCCAGGCUCCAAGAGCGACAAAAUCUAUUGCACCUUUGCCCAACACAGCAGCAAUACCUCAGGCUAGUUACCCCGAGUUACCGGGUAUCAAGAAUAACAGUGUGGACACGGAGCGCAAUCCAACCUCAGCUGCAACUGCCCAAGAAGAUUGGAUUAAGCCUCUGGGCUCUCCGCAGAAGCCUGCAAUGCCGAAGAGUCAAACUGCAGAUGUUAUGGAACUGGUAUCGGGCAAUGAGACGAAUGGAAAAUUGGAAAAGGGCAAAAUCACGCGCACGGAGACUUUCCACGAUUUAUCUGAUAAUCGCUCGCCCACGUCUAAACGCUUGAUCUUUUCUAACUUUGAUCAGCAUAGACCUGCAUCUGCCUCUACGCCUCCUUCAUCCCGUCGGAUGGAGUCAGUACCCGACACAGGGGCUGAAUCUACCACACCACUUACAUCUCCAAGGCGAAUUGAUGGCACACCGAAGUCGCGACUUCAUUCAAUCAUUCAAUCCGCGAAGAGUCUCUUUUCGAGCAGUGCUAGUCUUUCGGCGGCGGCCAAGUUGGAGACGUUGUCAUCUCCAAGCGCUUCUCGUCCACACGUAAAUUCUCAGCAGGUGAAAACUAGUCCCGAGCGGCCUUCCCCUAGUCCCGAAAGGUUACCUGCACGGGUCCAUACUUUCAAUGAUUCGAAGAGCAAGUUGACCACGAAACCAAUUCAGUUAGAAGAUCCUUUCGAGAGAGGAGACCAGACUCGUCCAGCGGUAAAAGUCGCCGAACCCGGUGCCAAAUUAGAGCGAGCCCAGAAAACAGAGUCUAAAGAACGUGACAUUCCCGUACCAUCGACCCGGGCCAAUGCAAAGGCAGCUCAGCCGCCCCAGCCUCAUUCACGGAAAGACCCAGGAGGUGAAGCCGAUUCAGAACCCAAAUUUCCUCUUCCACCUACAACGAACCAUGGCCAAUCUCAGUCAGCAAGAGCGAGGCCAGUCAAACCCACAAGAGAAGUGGCCCAGAAGCCGAAACCUCAACCUAUGUCUAUUCGUGUUGGCAGCACGAUUACUCGCAUGCCCAUACAUUCUGCGGCUUCUUAUAACCAGGAGUCUAGCACGUUGCCGGCACCAGUCCCUGCUACAAAGAAACCUAGUAACUCUUCCUUACAUGCGGCAUCGUCAAACGCAAGUUUUAAGAGCUCGGUCUCCACCCAGUCCCAGCGUCGGGCACAAGCGGUAGCAGCAGCAGAAGCCAAAAAACAGGAGGACCGGGACACGAUGUUACGGAAGGAAGAGCAAAAGAAAGGGGCAGCCUUACUGAAGCAGCAACAAGAAGAAGCACGACGCCAGGAACGCGAGCGCUCUGUUGCAGAGGAGAACAAGAAAGCAGCGCAGCGUAGACCUGAAAACACACGCUUGAGACAAGGAAGCCAGCCGCCAAAACCAGCAAAUGACUUGGGAUCCACACUCCAGCAAGAAAAGGCCACCCACAGAACUGACAUGGGACCGGCACGACCACCUUCGCGGUUGGGCUCGUCCAUGCAGACUCUAGGUCGAUCUAUUAAUCAGCCCCCAACGAAUCCGGCAAAGCCAGCAAAGAGACCGCUGGAUGAGGAACCCCAGCAUCGGUCUCAGGUAUCUGUGUCACAAGCUAAAAGCCAGCCAGUCGAACCAAAGAGGAGAAAGACCGAGGAUGAUCACAACCAACAACAGUAUAAUCAAGCUCCUUCAUUGAAGCAGAACCCUAUACGAAAGGAAAAUGGGAAGCUCUCGCUUUUGGCACAUGCCUAUCCACAGGCUCCUCCACCUGCAGCGCAUCAUCACACAGGUGCAAUGUAUAAGACUGGGCCCGUGCCACUAACUGGCCAGCCACCGAAGCAUGCAGCAUCGAUGGACAUGGCGCAGUACACUAGUGGAAAGAUUCCAUUCGCAUCAAACCAGGCUGCACAGUUGGGCACUGCACACAAGACACCCAGUCAUAAGACCCCUAAGCCUGGUCCUAGCGCUCAACGUGUACCUGCAAAACCAUCCCCGCAAUACCCACCAAGCGAAAGUAUCCAUCUUCCCGAACCGCCGACUGAUAGCGAAGAGGAAGACUCUGAUGCGGACAUUAUGCCGGUAGCGAACUGGACGCAGGGCGAUACGCUAUUACAGCUACUGAGCCAACAGGAGUCAUGGCAAGCGGAUAGGAUUUUUGGGCCUAUACCUGAAUUUGAGCUGGAAGAUGUAUUCAAAAACGACAGGAAGAUUAAGAAAUUCCGCGAGCGUACAAGUAGUGCUAACUGGGGAGGGCCGGAUGGCUUGACUCAAGAAGAGGUCGCUCGGGACUUGGCAGCACGUCGGGCAAUGCGUGCAAAUGGCGGGUGGUCAUUAAACUUACCGUGA